UCCAAACAAUGGCGUAAGCAGACAUGUGAAUUUCAUCUGCUUGUGAAGUAACUGGAUUGCUUGUGCUGAAACGCAAUAUCAGAAUAAAUAUAGCAGGUGGAGUUUGCAGCCGAAAUCCAAUUUAGGGGUGCGAUGUCAUCAUACCUGUUUACCGUAAGUGGUCGGUAACUGGUUACCUACACUAGUGACAGUGGUGCCACUACAAAAGUUUAAUUUUCAUCUGCUGCAGUAGGGAUCCUACAGCUGAAUAGUUGCUUGGAUCAAGACAGUAAACAUGCCUAGCUCCAACCGAGAUGUAGUUCAGGAGUUGCAAGAAAUACUUAAGCAGUGGGAAGAAGAUCAAGCAGUUCCCACUAAGGACCCAACUCCUCACCUUAUUAAAUUAUGCCAUCUCUUUGAAAGGGAAACAGUUAAUUUUUUAAAAAAGGACCCAGACCCUUUUGAUGACCGUCAUCCUAUCACUGCUGAACCCGAAUGUGCCCUUGGGCAGAUCUUGCGUGCUCUUUUCAAAAAAGACAACUUUGUGACAAAGCUUGUCAACCACUAUCUGAGAGAAAAUUAUUUUUCUAGUUUAGGAGUAACCCAGGAUUCAACUGAUCUCAAUACUGGAGCAUGCAGGUUGUUGAUUGACCUUUUGUAUGGUUUGGACAUCCCCCAGGUCUUCAAUGAAUCAGAAACCACUGUUAUGCGUCUCUUCUCUUGGGCUGAAAAAGGCCCAGAACCCCUUCGCACUUAUGCUACCGGACUUCUAGCUGCUGCUAUGGACAUACCUGAGAUAGCUGUCUCAUUCAAGGAUCAUAAUGCUCACCUCAUUCCCAUUAUGUUAAAGAGAUUGUGGGAGUUGAAAGAUGAAGAUACAGGAGUGGAAGAAGAAAAGUUGAACAACUCAAAGGCUUCUGAACACGAUGGGGUUCCUGAGCGUCCAUUUGCUCACCUCAAUGAAGAAUCUGUUAGUGCCCCAAUGGUAAAUGGAAAAGAUACUCAUCACAGAGAUGAAACUGAAGAAUCUUCCCCCAAGAGAAGGAAAUAUGCAAAUUCAGCAACACCAACAAAGAAUGGUAAUACUAGUGGAACAUUCAACAUAUUUGGUUCACCAAAAGCGUCUCGUGAUGGAACAAACUGUGACCCUAUGCUGAACUCAGAUUGUUCAAAUUCAUCUUGGGCAGAAAUGAGCUGUUACAUUGUAGGAACUUUCCAGAUGUUUCCAGUGACAAGAGAUACCAAACAGAUUUUUAUACUCAAGUAUUUGAGACCCAUAGGAGAGUACCAAGAGUCACUGGGGCACGUGUACGAACACAAUGCGCUGGAACUGAUCUUCCACUACAUUAAUGUUAGAAGAACUGGAAAUGCUAGACUCUCCUUUGAGGCUCAUAGGUUCCUUGGUUCACUGCUCUUUCACAAGAAAUUUUGCCUAGAAUUUGUCAAGAUGGGUGGGAUGCAAAAACUUUUGCAGGUACCUCGCCCUUCUCUUCCCGCUGAUGGUGUCGCACUCUGUAUGUGGUACCUGGCAUACUGUGAAGAAGCUGUGGAGAGAAUAUGUUUGCUACCAGAUAAAGUGCUGUCAGAACUGAUCCGUUAUGCAUUGUGGUUAUUAGAAUGCUCCCAUCAGUCUUCUAGAACACAUGCUGUAAUGUUUUUUGGCAUGGUUUUCCGAUUUAGAGCCAUCUUAGAAAGGUUUGAUGAACAAGAUGGCCUGAGGAAAGUUCUGAAUAUGCUCUCCACAUUAUCCCUCUUCCAAGAUGUUUGGGAACAAGAUAUCUUAGAUGAACCAAACGAAGCAAUGAUGUGGCAAACUGUCAAGCAAGUGUGCCUUAGUCUGAAGCAUUACUUUGAAGCUCAUUUGUCUCUGAAAGUCCAGAGCCUUCAAAGACUAUGUAAAGAACUUGGUGCUGUGCAACAACCCUCCAUGCCUUCAUACAAGGCUGUGAAUGUUGCUCCUGAGGUGGUGGAAGAAAAUAUAGAACACCUGUUGGAAUGUUUACCCAGCCGAGCUCGUUGGAAGCCUGUAGAGCAGUUUGUCUCUUUGAAGGGCCUUCAGUUGGUGCUUCAGUUAGUCGCUAUGGUGCUCAAUGAAUCUUUCAGUCCAAAUAGGACAGAAACUGCUGUUUUUGCCUUGGAUAUCCUUUAUGUCAUCAGUGUGGUGCCAUCCGUACAAGCAGCCCUUUGUGACAAGCUGACUAUUCCUGCUGGGGAUGAUCUAUUGCAGACACUUGAUCCACAGGAAGUACCAGGGUAUGCCAUACUAGUAGCAUGUAUUCAUGAGAAUCCUCAGUCUGUGACAACUUCCCCCGAGGUGCAAAAAGCAGCCCUGAAUGUUCUUAUUAACUGCCUUUGCGCCCCUAUUAACAGGGCUGGGAGCAAUAAUCGAUUCAGUGUGCCAUUGACACCAGGCAGUAGCAAAAAGAAAGGUGCAAAUAAUGGAGAAGAUGUCAUCAACAAAUCUUGGGAUUGUGUUCGAACAAGUAAUGGCAUCAUGUAUCUGUUGAAUGUGCUCCACAAGAAAAUGCCUAUCACCGAUGCAGACUGUAUUAGAGGGUUAGCUUGCCGUGCUCUUGUCGGUUUGUCAAGAAGUGAAACAGCUCGGCAGAUUAUGAGCAAACUACCAAUUUUUACUACUGGCCAAUUACAGUUGUUGAUGAAGGAGCCUAUUCUACAAGAUAAGCGAAUGGAACAUGUGAAAUUCCAACGCCAUGCCUUGGAGCUUAUCAAGGCAGUGUCAGGCAGAACGAAGCAUGAAGGUGAUGCUAAUAUGGAUGUAUCCAUGCAGAGCAUUCACAGGGCAGACGUUGUUGCACAGACUAGGAUAAACUACAAUAAGAAGCAGCUGUUGCAGCUAAUACAGGCUCACCUGAUGAAUGAAGGUUAUGACUCGGUUGCAACUGCGCUACAGCAAGCCGCUCACCUCCCACCACUUCCGUCCCCAAUUCCACACACAUCACUCGGCCCUUCCACAAGAAAUAUGGUCACUCCACCCCCAUCCAGAACGCAUCGUCAUUUGGUAGGAGGAAGUUCACGCUUAGCAUUUACCCCGUUGUGUAAGACAACCCAGAAUUCCAGUUCUGGAACGUCAGGUUUUGCAGUCCCACUGACUCCUUCGCCACCACCUGUAUCUAGCCCCUCAAAUGUUCUUAGUACGUCUAGUCCUGGUUCAAUUCAUAUCAAGAUUAAUAGAGCUUCCAAGCGAGAGCAUCGUGUAUCUAGUUCUUCAGUCUCCCACUUCAGUAAAACUGAAACAAAUAGCUUGUCUACUGGUAACCUUCCUAAUCCAUAUACAGUGGCUUCAAAUCCCUCUGUGAUAAUGCCUGUUGUUACAAACACUGGCUUGACAAAUGAACCUAAGAUUAGCCUUGACCGAAUUGUUACGGAGUAUCUCACCAACCAGCAUGCCCUUUGUAAGAAUCCAGUUGUCACCUGCCCCACCUUCGAUCUUUUCCAGCCCCACAGAUGUCCUGAGCCUAGGUCUGUAAGAGCCUCCCCGACAAAUUUCACCAUGAGAGUAACAAAGCGUGGUUACAAUAUACCUCCUACAGGUCUAGAGGGGUCAGCCAAUAACAGAAAAUUUAUCUACAGCAGAUACCGGCCAACACAAACCUUCAGGCCCUCAGAAGAUGAUGACAUAUUUUUAUGUUGUGCAUUUACUCCGGACGAUCAGUUUAUUGUUAUUGGUACAACCCGUGGUGAAGUGAGGCUUUUUAGCAGGGGAGGAACUGAAGAAGGUGUAUAUACAGUUCAUCAAGGUGCAGUUUCUACUUUAGUUCCGCAUAACUCAGGGUCAUUACUUCUCACCUCUUGUACAGCUAUACAUGAAACAUCCUUGUGGAGUAUUUCAGAUCUCUUUGAUUUGAAAUUUUCUAUAUUUGAGUGCCAACAUGCUGAUUUCAACAAUGCUCAGGAUAAGAUUAUAGGGACCAGUGAGCAAACAGCAAAGCUGUAUGAUCUAAAUACCAGUCAGGUUGUGAGUGAAUUUACGCCAAAGUUGUCCAAUCAUUAUCGCAUAAACAGAGCAGUUUUAGAUCCUACAGAUGAACUCAUUCUUACUGAUGGUGUUCUCUUUGAUGUGCGGUCGGGAAAACAGAUUCACAAGUUUGAUAAAAUUAACCCAAUUUUAAAUGGAGUAUUUCACCGUAAUGGUUUAGAGAUUAUUAGUUCUUCAGAAAUUUGGGACCUGAGAACUUUUCAUCUUCUAAAAACUGUGCCAGUGUUAAAUCUGUGUGACAUCGUUUUCAAUCACACAAAUGACGUAAUAUUUGGAAUAACAGUUGGGGACCUGAUUGAUGAAAGUCAAGAAAAUGCCUUUGAGACUUCUUUCAAGACCGUAGAUGCAGCAGAUUAUUCAAGUAUUGCCACUGUUGAUGUGCGUCGUGUUGUAAGUUCAUUAGCAAUCAACCAGACUGACACUCAGGUUGCUGUAGUGGAAACUGAAAGUACUAAUCAAGAUCUAACUGAAGAUGCAGUCGUUAGAUUAUACGAAAUUGGGAUGACAAGGCAGGAAGAUGAUGAGUUGGGUGAUGAUGAGGAUGAAGAUGAUAUGGGUAGUGACGAAGAAGAUUCUGAUGAUAGUGAUGAUGACCAAGAGCAGAAUUCACAAGAUGGAGAUGGUAGCCAAAAUGAUAAUGAAGAUGCAGAUGCACGAUCAAGCAGUUCCUCCAAUUAUAGUUUGUCAUCAAAUGACGGUUUUGAAAGCGAAUCUUCAGUUCUUUUCGAAUUAAAUAGCGAUGAUGGAAAUUCUUCUGAUCCCCAAAGUGCUUCAUUAAAUGCUUGGCUUCAAGAAAAUGAUGAAGAGGAUGAAGAUGAGGAUGACGACGCUGAAGACUCCAGCUAUGCUCCAUCAGAAUGAUCACUAAAUAAAUUUUAUAGUUUUUCAAGGAAAUAUAUCAAACAGCCAAAGAGAAGUUUUUAAUGGACUUCAAGAAUUUAAUCUGGUUGCAGUUAUUUAUAUGGAAUUGUAAAUUUUCUUUAAUUUCUCGAGAGUUUUAUCUCGAGAGUAAUCUGCUGGAAUACAUAUUUUAGAUUUUUGCUGUGGCAGGGUCAAGCUAUUUUUUAUUACGCUGUUUAUAUUAGUGGGUCAUGUGAUAUGUUUCAGCGGAAUUGAGUUUUUAUGAAAAUAAAUGUUUCUGUGUAUAA